GACGACCUUGAGGCUUCACCCGUCAGCUGUUAAAAUUGCUAGUGUCAAGAUAUGCGUCGCGCGGCAAGCUUGUGUGAAUUCUAAAUCAUAUUCAUUAACCUAGCAAGAUGUAUAGCGUAAUUAUAACAAUUAUUGUUAUUUUGCUUCUGGUUUGGGAUGUGGGAUAUUAUCUCAGAGCUUAUUUAGUCGUUUUCUUUGGGAGACUGUUUCAAAGAAGAUUCAAGAUCAAUGAAACCACAGUGCUGUACGGCAUCUGUACCACCCGUGACGUGGACAUCUUCUUCACGCAUAUGAACAACGCGCGCUACCUCCGAGUACUAGACUUCUCCCGCAUCCACUUCUACGACCGCACCGGCCUCUACGAGAAGCUCGCGGCGGUCAAAGGCGCGGCCCUAAUGGGCGCUAGUACUAUUCGCUACAGGAGGCCGCUUGAUAUAUUUAGCCUUUACAAAAUAGAGACCAAGAUGUUAUGCUGGGACGAAAAGACGAUCUUCCUCGAGCACAAGUUCAUCACGUUGAAGGACAACUUCGUGCGCGCCAUAGUUCUCUCACGGACGCACAUAGUGGGCCUCGACUUGCCGACGGCUAUGGCGGACGUUCCCGAAGCACACAACAUGAAAACCUUUCCAGAGGAGGUGGUCCAGUGGCAGCAGUGCUUGGAGACUGCGAGCGCUAGGUUAAGGAAGAAGGAUUAGAGUAGGUAGGUAAUGCUAAAGACUGAUGCAUUUAUUGUCCUGAAUUGAGUUUAGGCUUGGUCACCUUUUUUGACAGGGAGUUGCGGUACGCCGGAUGGAAGUUAAUAAUUCUGCGACUGAUAACAUAUGAUCAGCUAAUCUCUUAUAGAGCGACGAUUAAAUAAAAAAAUAUCCGGCCCUGAAAAGGCGGCAUUAAUAGAAGGAAUUUAUGCUUAUUGAAUUGUAAUUGCUCGGCAGAAUACUUGAUAUUGUUUAUGUGUGAUUAAUUGAUUACUUAAUGUGUAAAAUAGUCAUUCCCUCCCCAAAUUCCCAAUAUAUCACCGUCUUACAUAUUGCGAGGAAAAGCCUUUGUCUAGCAAUUGAAGUCAAAUACAAGCUAGUAGAUCGAGGAAAGCAACUGUUGAUUUGUUUGUAUUUAUCUUUAAGCUAAGAUAAUACUGCUACUUAAGAAAAAGAAAAGCAUUAGAAAAGGAACAUUAGUUGUUACCGUGCCUACUUUGAAUAUCUACACAGGUGCAGAUUGGACAUUUGCCAAAAAAAAUCUUGUUCGAAUUUAAAAGUCGGAGGCUUUGGUCGAUGCUUUUUUUUAUUACCAAAUGUUGUAAUUAUUGUUGAACCAAUGAGAUUGGGAACUAGAAAGUCAGUGCGAUAACGAACAAAAAACGUGUUAAAUAUGUGAGUUACUGAUUCGGGACUUUAAUCGGAGAUUAGAAUACCGAAGUUGACGGGCCCACAUUUCACACGUGAUUGAUUUAUUGCUCUAUUGUCAAAUAUAUGAGUAAUCAAAAUUUAAAAAUAUUAUCUUUAUUCGAAAUUCGUUUAAGUGCAUUUCGCCAUCAACUAAAAUAAUACAUAAUUAUAUGUAUUGGAUUUGGUGAAAGAGAUUCUGGCUGAAUUGCCUGAAAUCUAUAUAGCUAAGUAUUCGUUUUGAAUACUUUUACAUCGAAAUCUGAUACAUGGAGGC